GGAAACAUGUGAAAGAAGUUGGCUGGAGAGAACUUGCUGCACUUCUAAAGGAAGCAAAUGUGACUCUGGAUCCAGCCACGGCUCACCCACAACUCCUGGUUUCUGAGGAUCAGAAAAGUGUGAGAUGGGCAGACACACGGCAGGAUCUGCCUGACAACCCUGGGAGAUUCGACUCUGAGCGUUGCGUGCUGGGCUGUGAGAGAUUCAGCGCAGGGGGACAUUACUGGGAGGUAGAGGUGGGGCACGGGAAGUACUGGGUUGUGGGGGUUGCCAGAGAGUCUGUGAAGAGGAAAGGAGGGAUCACCCUUAAUCCUGAAGAGGGGAUCUGGUCUCUGGCGCAGUGGGGUGGCCAGUACAAGGCCCUCACAGCACCUGUGGUGACCCCCUUGUCCCUGAGUCAGGUCCCAAGGAGGAUCAGGGUCUGUCUAGACUACGAUGAGGGGAAGGUGGAAUUUUUCAACGCUGAUACCAAAGCCCCCAUCUUCACUUUCCCUCCAGUCUCAUUUGCUGGGGAGAGACUCUGUCCUUGGCUCUGGGUUGGGCAGGAUUCCCCGCUGAGGUUAUGUCCCUGAGACAUGGGACAGGAGUAGAGGGUCUGUUCUGGCAUGUUGAUGGGACAUGUGGUGGACUGGUCCAUCAAAAGCAUUCCUGAUACAGUCCUUUCCAUUUGGAAGUUUAUUUCUGACCUCCAAUUUGUAUUUAUUUUUAACCAUUUUCUGGCCCCUCACCUUCCUUUAAAUUAAUCAUUUUUCGUUUUUUAACAAACAGUAGGUUUUUUUACAUCACAUGUUUUAGUUUGAUCUAAGAAGAUGAAGGUCAAUGUACAGUCUUAAACACAUGUGGAGCAGUCUGAUUGUUUUAUCUAACAUUAUAUUUGGGUACCCUUCUCCUGUCCCUCCUCUAAUUUCUCCUGGAUUCAGUAUACUCCAGGAAAGUAUCACAAGUUGAUAGCAUGACUUAUCACAUUCUCCAUGCAUAGAUUAACAGGACUAUCCUGGACAUUAUGACUUGCAACCUCGAAGGUAGAGUUUGCUCUAUCAUGCUAUCGUUUGUCUGGGGAAUCUAACACAGGGUAGUUACCUUCUACAAACAUCAUGUCUUUCUGCACAUUUUACUUCCCUGUCUCCAGCCUCAGACAUUUCCAUCUCUCUGAUCUUGGAGGACUGUUACCUUCUUUUAGAUUUGAUUGUACAGCCUGUAUGGUGCUGCUGGCUCAGGGGAUCUCCAAACUAUUGAACCUUCGAGAACAGAAAGUGGUCAAGGUCAAACCGCCACAUUCAAUGGCCCAGUGCACCUUGCAGCCUGUCUCCAAUUGUCCUCUACAAUACAAAUGGAUUAUCCCAGUGUAUAAACUGAGACACUGACAGAUGGAAACUCAAAGAGGGUGGAAUGAAAGUAAAGGCAAUGACUAGAAACCGCACAUAACAGAGAUACUGCUAAAUGCCAUUGGGCAUGAUGAUAUCACUGAUGGUAUGGCUCCUACAUUGAAUGCAUUAAUUCAUGAAACAUGGAGUCAUUUCAAUGUAUCACAAUGGGGUUUGUGUAAGUGCUGCUCCUUGUUUCUUUACUCAUUAUUGUAUGGUCACUCUGAAGAGCUUUAAUGUUCUCACAUGUUUAGUAAAUAAAAUAUUUUUG